AUGUUCAAUGCGAAUGACCCGACAUCGAGCACGCCGUCAGUGAUCUUGCUUCUGACAUUGAAAGCAAAGAAGCUUCUCGACAAGGAUGUGUUCUCGAAAAGCGAUCCGAUGUGCGUUGUGUCGCAGUAUGUCGGGCGACUUACUGGUAGGCCAAUAUUGAUAGAAUGCUUCGACUACGAUUGGGAUGGCGGAAACGCGCCAAGAAAGGGUGAUAAGUACAAGAAUUCUGGAACGUUGGAAUUCAACGGUGUGGAGCUGCUGAAGCAGUACUCGUUUUUGGAUUUCAUAGCUGGA